GCCAGCAGCAGCAGCAGCAGCAACAAGUGCGGUGCGCAGGCUGCAAGUGCCUGGCGCCCCGGACUGCGCCGCUCUGCCGCGGGUGUGGCCGGGAGGCAGCCUCGGAAGCUCGGCGCGCCUCUGCUGAAGAAACUUGGGACGGCCGCGGCUCAGGGGUUUCCUGCCCACCUUUCUUUGUUCUGAAAGACGAAUGAGUGGAUGGCUGGGGCACAGCUGAGCCAAAUGCAGAUCAAUCCCAAGCUGCCUGCAGGAGGUCUUGUGAGAACUGUCAGUUCAAAAUAUUGGUAGAAAGACUAACUUCCUUCGCCUGAGCAGCCAUGCUGGACUGCACACUACUGAUUGAAUGAACAGCAUGUUUCUGGCAGCUGAGGCAUUUAGGCCUGCACCGUUGUUGUGGUCUCAAGCUCUUUUCUGUCUCCUCUUCUGUGCCCUUUCCUGUUGCUGUACUUCCUGCCCCCAGCAGUGUCAGUGCACCAACUACUCAGGAGAAACUGCUGUCCUGUGCAGUGCUAGCAACCUGGAAGAAAUUCCAAAGGAUAUUCCCAAAGACACCAUGUUCUUGAAGCUGGAUGCUAAUAAGAUCACCGCAGUCCCAAACAGCACCUUCUGGCACCUUGCCCAGUUACAAGAGAUAGACCUCUCUAAAAAUGCCAUUGAGAAGAUUGAUUCUGCGGCAUUCAAGGGAGUUGCCGAUGGCCUAAGAUUGCUUGAUCUCUCUGGCAACCACAUUCAGAGAAUCCCCAAGGAAGCCUUGGUCAACUUGAAUGCCAUGAUUCGUCUUUCCAACAACCCUUGGCACUGUGAAUGUACUUUGCAGGAGGUUUUGGGGGAAGUGAAACUAGAUCCUGAAUCGGUCAAUGAGAUCACCUGCCAAACAUCUGUGCAGGAAGAGUAUGCUGGGAAACCUCUGCUCCAUAUCCUUGAUUCAGGCAUCAACUUUUGCAACAUACACCAGAAAACCACUGAUGUGGCCAUGUUCGUUACAAUGUUCAGCUGGUUUACCUUGGUCAUCAGCUAUGUAGUGUAUUAUGUUCGUCACAACCAAGAGGACACAAAGAAGCACCUGGAAUAUCUGAAAUCCCUUCCGAGCACGCGGGUUCCUAAAGAGACCAUCAGUACUAUCCUGUAGUCAGGAAUGCAGAUUCUCAUCUGGACAUCCAAUUUUCUAAAGGAGAGAAUGUUGGGUGGAAUACAGAACUUUUAUUUCAUAUUAAGUAUCCAAACACUUUCUGUAAGAGGGUUGUUUUUUAAAAAAAAGAUGUUCAGUAACAUAGCAAGAAUUCCAAAUCUAGAUUGACAGUGUUCUGUGUUACAUUCCCAGCAGCGGGGUCCUAGUAGAAAUUAGAGAGAGCUUUUUAACGGGGGCUGCUAUUCAGGAGAACAUUUGUGUACCCCACAGUUUUCAGAAGAGGCUUUGUACAAUGGGAGAGAACUAAAAGCCCCACAGCAGAAUCACAGGAAUCUUGACAAAGAUAGUAUCACAGGAAGCCUAUACAUAGUUGACUUUUGCUUAAUAGAUUUUACCUUAUGAUACUGAAAAAAAAACCCACUUCUCAGGAGUUUUUGGAACCACACAAAGUCCUGCCUCCAAAUUUUUAAGCUAUUUUCCAAGCAUGUACACCACAGAUUAUUAGAUGUCAUCAGAGUAUACUAUGCUUCUCUUGGGCUUACCAACUUCUGCAACAGGAGCCCAUAUCUCUGUACAGUUUUCUUGGUUGUCAUUGCAGCUGCUACUAAAGUGGGUAGAAAGCAGUAUCAGAGACAACAAUUUGGGAGCAUUUGUAUGAACCAUCUUGAAAAUGGUCCUUUCCUAGAAAAGAGAGGACGCAUGAGUUGAUGGAAAACGUUUGUUUCUAAAUAUGCUUCAUAUGGCAAGCCCCAUUCCUCAAGAACUGAGCAAGACUGAAAUACAGGAACACAGACUGUACAUAUAAAUAAGAACCUAUGGCAUGGACCUUCCAAAGACCAAAUAUUAUCAACCAAUGAAAAUCUCAAGUAACA